AAAUUUAAACAACGCGGGAGCCCAAGAGAGGACCCCGGGAAACACCAUGGACCCCUUCCCCUUCCGACUCCAAGGGGACGACGAGUACCAGGAGUAUCUAAACUUGGCCUUCUCCCCUCCCCUGUCCUUCGACCUCUUGCCCGCCAUCUCCAACCCCCAACUCCCACCACAAAGUGCUUUUGUGGAUUACACAACGUUUAAUGGUGAGACCUCGUCCCAGAGUUCGGGAUGCCGACAACAACAAACCGGUGGUCGGAACAUCCACCGGAGAGUGAUCGGGUUUCUGAGGACAAUUCCAAUGGCGACAAGGCAGGAGAGCUUCAGAGAUGUGCCGGAGGCCAGCAAGGAGUUUCGGCAUCUGAUGAGGGAGAGGGAGAGGAGAGAGAGAUUGAGCCAGGGUUAUGCUGAUCUCCGCCAUAUGCUAUGCACCAGAUCAAAGGGUGACAAGAAUUCGGUCAUUCAAGCGGCUGCUGCUUACUUGCAAGAACUGAAGGGAGCGAGAGACGUACUGCGGAAGUGCAAUGAGGAGCUUGAGGAGAUGGUGGCUGUGAAUCGAAGGAUGGUAGAAGGGGCGACGAUCAAAUUGCGUGUGAUGAAUCCGUCGUCGACCAUUGAUUCCUUGAUUGGGGCUCUGCAGCGCAUCAGGGAAAUGGAGUUGGAAGUUGCAUCCAUUGAGGCCAAUCUCUGCAGCCAAGAGUUGUCAGCUGUAGUCAAUCUGAAAUCAAAGGAAAUUACCACCCAUCAUUUAUUGAUAUGUUGUCAAGAAUAUAAAGUUGGACAAGCUGCCAAGAGGAAGAGACAACAAACAGAGAACAGAAUUUUGUUACAUAAAGAAGGAAGCAGGGCCAAAACAAUGAAGGGAGGGGUGUUGAAGCUUUGGCGGAACGAUGUCCAGGACUCAGGUGGCAAAAAGCCUGAAACAAUGGCGCAUGGGAAUCUUGAGUUAUUCUGUGGCACCAAAUAAAGCUCGUAGAAGAUAUAAUAAUGGUUUUGCUGGUCUUCUGAGAGCUUGUUUAUAGAGAAGCUAAUGCUGGCUGGCUUCUAGAAGCAAAGUUGUUAAUUUCAACUAUUCCUCGGCCCUACCAUCUGAACUUUCUUCUAUCCUACGUAUGGAUGCCAUGGGAGUUCUUCACUUGAGGAAGUCUUAAUCUUGUUCUUUUUUUUUCAGUCUUUUCAGUUUUUCUUGUUCUUGUCUGCAAGUUAUCAAAAGUAAUAAUAAUAAAAAAGCUUGUUAGGACAACAGACA